AUGGCAAGCACGGUUCAGUCGCUACAGCUCUGCGUGCGCAGAUGCUGUGCAGGAGCAGCGGCUCGACGGGGAGGAGCCAGAGCAGGGAUCCGAACGACGACAUCAGCAGCAGCAGCAGCAAUAGUCGGGGCACGGCAGCUGUCAAGCACGAGCGGGCGUCGGUAUGCGCGGGAAGGCGGGGACGGCGGCGGGGACGGUGCGGGCGGCAAGGACCAGGCGCUGGAGCCGUGGGAGGUGGAGCUGAUGGCCAAAGAGGCAGCUAGCGAGCGGAUCAUGACGAUCUCGGAGGCGCUGCGGGCGACGCUGACGGCGGAGCAGCGAGCCGGUCUGGCAGAGGCUAAGGGAGCGGGGACCGAGCAGGAGGCACGGCUGCUCGUGGAGAUGCGGCGAGAGUUUGCGCUGGGACGACGAGGCACGCCGCGGAAGCGGAACACGUUCUGGAACGAGGAGGAGCCAGACGGCGAGCUGAUCACGGACGAGGUGGGCGAAGACGAGUUCCGCGGCGACGACAUUACGAGCAUGGCACACGGCAAGCUGGACGAGCUGCGCGAGCGGCGACACUAUGCGCGGCUGGCAGCAUGGGAGAUGCCACUUUUGUCGAAACUGGCAAAACCAUUUGAGCCGCCGACGGCCGACAUGCCGCUACGCUUCCGCUUCACGUCGUACCUGGGCGAGUUCCACCCGGCCGAGAAGAAGGUGGUGGUGGAGUUCUGUCCGGCGGACCUGGGCUUGACGGACGUGCAGCAGCGGAAGCUGACUAAGCUGGUGGGCGCGCGCUACAACCCGGAGACGGAGAUUGUGCGGAUGAGCUGCGAGCAGUUUGAGCACCAGGCGCAGAACAAGCGGUACUUGGGCGACCUGGUGGAGAAGCUGGUGGCCGAAGCCAAGGACCCUGCCGACACGUUGGAGGACAUCCCGCUCGACACGCGGCACCACACGUUCAAGACCAAGCCCAAGUUCCCCAAGGCGUGGCGGCUGACGGAGGAGCGACGCCAGCAGCUGCAGGCAUUGCGCGCACAGGCCUUCCUAGCCGACCAGCAGAAGAUGGCCCAGGGCACGCUGGUGGACGGGGCCCAGCGCGUGGCGGCUUCGCUGGCGGCGCCGGCAGCGUCGGACAGCCCGCUGGCAGACAAGGUGGCCGAGCUAGUGCGAGCACGGCGAUAG